GACAAGAUCGAAGUAGCACCGGUCACAUUCUCGGACGCGCUCAUGCUCAACCACAGAAUAUCACAUCAGAACGAAAUUUGACUCCUUUGUCUUGUGGUGUAUUACGUUGCCUGACACAUGCAGCUAUGUUGUUGGGAACAGAGCAAGAUACUCCGGUAUGUCAAUUGACCCUAUAUAUUAAACACAAAUCCUUACCAUCAUUGGGAAUUUAUAGCUGUAUCAUGUUAACCCUCUUUUAAAAAAGUAAGGAAAUUUUAGAUAUCAUUAAACUGAAAAGCAGGGACGCCGGAACUGGGGGGGGGGGGCAGGGGGUUGCGGCUGCCCCCCUUGCCUUUUGCUAGUGUAAGUGCCCUUUUAGUAAGUGCCCUUUUAGUUGUAAAAUAGUGCGUGAUAAAUCACAUUUCCAACGAUGCUUUUUGUAGGAAAAUCAUGAGAUUCAGGUAAUUAACAGUUUAUAUUUAUAAAAAUUUUGGAAAUUUUUGGAAUUUUGAAAAAUAUUUCGAAGAAAUGGCGAAAAUUUAAGAUAUGCGGAAAAAUUUUUGACUUCACGGAAAAUUUGGUAUGUCCGGAAAAAAUUUUUGACCCCUAAAAUGGUACACUGACCGAACAUUUUUUGGCGACGGGGAGGGGGGUUGCCCAAAAAUUUCCAUUGAAAACAUUUUUUCGGUAGAUUUUGAAGUUUUGCUCUAUAGAGGUGCCCUUGGUGUGCGUCCGCCCCCCUUUGCCUUAUUAUCGUUCCGGCGUCCCUGCUGAAAAGCUAUCCAGUGGCGAAGGUAGCCAAGGUUUCUUUUAACCAAUUAAAUACUAGCCAAAUUAGUCUAAGUGCGUCUGUGAGAACCAAUUCAAAUUGACUGUUUGAGCCAAUUAUCAAAUUAAAUAGUUCGGAAAAGUUUCUUUUUAAAUUCGUUUUCUACAGAAAAGAACGAAUUAAAUAGAAUUAGGUAAACAGUUAGAAGAUAAAUUCAAUUUGAAAGAUUUCUAAAACUCACGAAAGAUAUUCUUGGUUAUUGUUGUCAAAUUCUCCUAUACAAGUGCUGAAGCCAUAUAUUUUUAAGAAAAAAACAACGAUGUUUAACAUUAUUAUAUUGAUUUAUUAAGAAAUCCUGGUAUUUUAUUGAUGUGUAUAUAAUAAACUUCAAUGUUUUAACCAGAGUAUUGCUGCUGUAAUAAAACCACCAGUUCAAGAUGUUGUCCAGUUCUUAAAAGAGCAUAUACAGCAUGAUGUAAGAUGUAUAGCAAGAAGUACUGGUAACAAUGAUGAUGAGGCGGUGCAAAUAAUCCAUCUAGUGCUUGUUAAUAUUGUAAACAACUUGGGCCAGCAGGGAGGUACGUUUGCUGUAUAUUUGUAACCAAUUGUACUGCGUAGGUUGCAGCUAAUACGCUUCAUCUGUUUUAUUCUUUUAACUAAAUGCUUCAUCUCUUCUAUUCUUUUAAAGAAAAGCAGAAUGGCCGUGUUUAUAUCUCUUUCUUAAUGCUUCUGUAUUUAUGUAGCAUUUUACAAAACACAGUUACAUGCCCCCAUUCUACAUAUAUGCACGUUAUUCGCGCUGUUCACGCUUUUAGAAGUCGAGAUUUUAACCAUAUAAAUAGUUGAAUCAGCUGUAUAUACAACUAGCUUGUAUCAAUAAGUUGUCGGUAAGUACCUACGUAAUAUAAACAUGUUUUGUAAUUUGUUAUCUGAAACAAAAGCGGUAAGUGUCUAUGAUUCGUUUUUUAGAAAUAUGAUUUCUAUCGUUUAUUGUCUUUUAUUGUUAUAAUCAACCAAUUAAAAGGCCUGUUCAGAUAGGUAGGGACCGACUCAUAAGUUGAUCUGAACCGAGAGCAAAAUUGAAUAAAUCAAGAAGACUUCAAGAUAACGUCACUUGACAAAAUUUGGCAUAUUUAUUAGUGAUAAAAAUGGGCAUAUUUAUUAGUGGUCUGUUUUUUAUAUUAUACAGGGUGUGUCAAAAAUGUAAUCCAACUUUGGCACGUUAUUGUGCGUUAGUUAUUAAGUUUAUACAUUUAAUUUUUCACACCAAUAAAUUUCAGGCUUUUAGCUUUAAAUUUAUCAUUGCGAUUAAAAUUAGCCAAAUACUAUCCGAUUUAAAGUGGCCGGUUGAAAUUGCAUUUUUCCAUUUUUGGGAAUGGAAUGGAUGCAAAGCUGUUAUCUUAGUAUUGAAAUUAUUCUGAUUUCGGAUUGAAAUUUAAGAACUUGAACAAAGAUGAUGUAAGAGGUGGAUUGAUCACCAUGUGUUGGUGAAUUUCAACUCGCGAUUUUGCAUCGAAAUUUAGUGCUUAAUACAUUAAACUUAACUGGACGUUUGCGGACUUAAUUCACGAUGCAGAUUGUUUCCCAAAAAAGCAACCAGCAUUUGUUCGUAUGUUCAAAAAUUGAGCGUUUAUUUUCCCAAUGGUGGAAAAUGUGAUUGCGAAUGAUAACUUUAAAUCGGAUCAUUUUGGCCAUUUUUUAUCGCAAUGAUACAAAAAAGUGUCAUUUGACAAUUACAGUAGAAUCCUGAUCUUUUUAACUAUGAAAAAAGUAAAUUUUAAAAUUUAAUAUACCUAUAAUGCGCGAUAACAUGUCAAAGUUUAAUUACCUUUUUUAAUACGCCUGAAACACGCGGUGUAUAAAAUAAACUGCACAGUUCGAAAAUGUCUGCUAAACUGAAAAUUUUCACUUUUUUUCCUACGGAAAAAAAUGGAAGGCUGAAAACGCAAUUUGAAUUCUUAGGGUGCAAAUUUGGAAGGCUUUUUAUGAACUAUCAAAGUCUGGACAGUUUGAUACACACUAAGUCCAACUAAAACGUUUUGCUGUAUUAGCCGUUCACAAUUUAUUAAACGCAUGACUGAUUUUAUGGAUAUAAUUUAUUUUAUGCGUCAUUGAUUUCUUUUCAAACUUUUAAAAUUUAAAAAUGUUUACUAUUAUAGCUAACUCAAAUAUUGAUGGCAAUCUGACAACCAAAGAUUCAAGAAGAGUUUGGGAAGAUACAUUUAUGACCACUUACUUGAAUCCUGUUCUUUCCGUAAGUUUUUACAUCACAAGAUCAGAUACAAUAACGUUUACAUAAUUUGCCUGCAAUAAAUCUGUUCGUUUCUCCUACAUGAACAUUUAUUUGUAAAAAUUACUACGCAGGGACUAUUUUUACUUACAUUAAUUAUACCGUGAAAUCAAUUUCCCUACCUCAAGUCAGACCUAAAAAUUUAUUUCUCAAUAUCUAAUUUAUUAAUUAAACAACGAGAUUUGGGAAGAUUUCUUAUACUGCACUAUAAACGUUUCACAUGAACAAACAAAAGUAAUUGCUCCAUGGCGCGCCGGUUUUGCGACUGUGACCUUGGAUACGGAGCCAUCUAUACUAUUACUAAAGACAUCUACCAAAUCAUGCAUAGAUCUGUAAACUUCCUUAACAUCAUUAUUAAUAUCAGUAGUUAUAAGAUAAGCCGUAAACGAGCCUCUAUUGCCAAGGCCAAUAGUUUCCGGCGAAUACUUUGCCAUUCGUAUAAUUGAUUGUGAAGAAGUCUACCAAUUCCAUCGAUUUUGUGGAUCGUAAAUUUGGACUGCUGUGACAGUCUAUGUGCAUGCGCGUGCUAAAAAACCUAUAUAUAUAUGUGGAAAAUGAGCCAGAAUCCUAAAAGUAUAGCAAUACAGAUGUACCAGACGGAAAAUGCAAUGAGCUGAUGCCCUUCAAAAGAGAUUGAAAACGGGGAAAAAUGCAAACAAUCACGAUUUCUUCAAAUUAAAGUUUAAUAGAUAUGCAAACAAUCACGAUUUCUUCAAAUUGAAGUUCAAUAGAUAUCGGCUAAAUAUUACAUUUUGACGUUCUUAGGCUAUUUCUCAACUGCUCCAGGACAGUUCGAGUCGUAUAGUCCAAGAUGAAAGACUUGGUAAGUAACAGUGUAUUUAGAGAGAAUUUGUUGAUCUUUUUUAUUACGAAAGGGGAAUGGAAUCUUAUUUUAAUACCUCCUCCACUCUCGCGUGCGAGAAGCAAUGGCUUCCCUGUCAGAAUUCAAGUCUAUAGGCAGAACAUUUAUAUAUGUAUACAUACGACCACGACCACAUGUUUUCUUUCGUUUAAACACGUUUUCUUUCGUUUAAACACGUUUUCUUUAAACAUGUUUUUUGUCGAAAUUUCGAAAUGAAAUUUUCAUUCGCCGAUUAGAAAAUGCUCAAAUUUUGAGGUUAAAAACCGAAACAACGGCAAAUAAAUGUGGAAGAUGAUAUGUAGAAUAAAGAAAAUAGUACUUUAUUCUAUUGAAAUAAGAUUGAAACAAGUACGAAGAUAUAUCAUGCACACAUAUAUUUUGACAAUUUCUGCGGUAAGAUUGUUCAUGUUUACAAUCAAUCGUAUUAGCCUCUGUUGUGUUUAAAGACUGACUAAACUUAAAUAUCAAAAAACGAAACGAUUCUAACACCUAUGCAUGAAAUAUAAUAUUGUUUAAUAUAUUUCAAUAUGAGUUGGUGUACACGAUCUGUAUCGGAUUGAUAAGAUUACUAUAUAUUUUAAGUUGAAAGUGGUGAAAAGGGUACGAUAUUUCAAUUCUCCUUUUUAAAACCUUUAGAUAUUUACUUAAUCGUUUCAAAGUCAAUAAGUACAUGGCACGUGCGCGUCCAUUAUUUCUCGCUGUUGUUGGCAAUUUUGUCUAUUUUGAGCGUUUGACCGUGAGCACGAAAAUACUGGGGCGAGAACGCCUUUCAGCGCCGGCUUGACGUCAUUUAGGGAACACGUCCAAACAUAAUACGUAUGAUUUAUUAUAUGAUAUAAUCGUGACCAAAGUUGAGUAUAAACUGGAUGUUUCUGGAAAUUUCUUCAGUAUUUUGAAUGAAUUUUAAAUAGAACUGUACCCUUAAAGGACAUUGGCAAUAAAAAAUUAGUUUUGCUCAUUUGAAAGAACUCUUAAAACUAUAUAUUAAACUCUAUUACAGAUUGUUUAUAUCUUGCUUAGUUUUCAAAAUAUUUCGACUGAAAAAAGUGGGCUGUUCGCCAUCUUGGAUUAUUUAGGAUAUGGUUGCGUAUUGCAACCGACCUCGGGUUAAUAGCACGACUAAUGGGUACUCCGCCCGUUAGUCGUGCUCUCAUUAUUAUUAUGAUUUAUUAUUAAUUAACUCUUAUUUAAAAACGGUAACUCUUCAACACACCUAGGUAGUUGAUUUCCAAGAGGCCGUUUAAAAUAUUAACAGAAUAUUAAAUUAAAAAUAUACAUUAUUUACAUCACAACAACGUAGUUAGGAUUUAACAUGCAUAUCUUAUAUACACUAGAUAGUGCAUCUAAUUAUUCUGAAAUUCAAAAAUUGAAGCCGUGAUUGCAGUCUCAGGUCGUUCCCAUAAAAUGAGAAGAUUCGUAUGUUUUCUAUUUCUUAAACAUGGAACUUAAACAUUAAGUUAACCCUAUUCCAAAUACGUUUUUAAAGUUUUCAAAUGAUGAAAGUUAUCGUUGUUUUUAAGCGUUUAUUAGCAAGUGGGAACGACCAACAUGGCCGCCAUCUAUUCAAAUGGGAGUAACCGCUGGAAUAUUCUUGGCUUCAAUUUUACUAAAAGAGAUGCGCUAUCUAGUGUGUAUAAGAUAUCUAUGAUAUUUACAGAAUAAUACAAAGUAACUUAAUUAACAUGCAGGAAAUAUCAAAUAUAGAAAAAUAUUUACAGAAGAGAAUUACGUAUUAUUUGCGGUCGAGAGCAGCCUUAAAUUGUCCAAUUGUCAUGCUUUUGCAUUAUUUGACAAAUUGUUCCACGCUAUAGCUCCAUUAUAACUGAUACUUUUUUCAUGUAAUUUGUUUUUGGCUUUUGUAAAAGAAACCGUUGCUGCGUAAAUUGUAGUUUUGAUUAUUAGCAAUUUCGAACAAUUGGUUCUUACUUUUUGGUAGCUCACUAUUUUUCGCUUUAUACAUAAACACUGUAAUCCCAAUGGCAGAAAACAACAAAUGAACUGUACUAACAAUUGAAUUUUUUGACAGUAAACCAAUAAGAUUACAUUCGGGUUGAAUGGUGCGCAGAUUUUUCGAACUCGGUAGAUGAUAAACAAAUGAACACAGACACAGUUCGUAAAUAAGGUUAUACUUUAUAAUACGGAUCCAAAAUGUUCACGAGAGUAGAAGAUAUAGUCGCAUACAAUCGGUUAUCGAAUAUCGGUUAUCGGUUCGAACUAAACAACAUGACAAUGAAAAAUAUCCACUUAAACUAUGAAAAUAUAAUGUUGCGUGACUUUGUCAUGAAUCACACGAUCGCACGAAUACGCAAUAACUAUAUCAAUAAAUGAACAAUAUCAUACCCUAACAUGCAUUAACUAAACAUAAGUGAAUAUUUCAACUGAAUGUACAAUAACUAAAUCAUUUAACAACAUAUAAAACCUAUGAUUACAACUGUACAAAAGAAAGGUCAAAUGUUUACUCACGUUGGUUUACACGCGCACCAAUGACUUUUAACUUUGGCUUGAAAACCACUGCGAGUACGUAGAAUACAAUGUGGAUAGAAAUAAUUUACCUGAGCAUCCACAGAUACAAAACAUUGUCCUUACACAACAGAACGAACUAGAGGAUUGGCCGUCCUUCCUUGAGUCACGCAUAUUCGCGUUUUAAAACUAACAAACACUAACUUAUUUUUCUCCCAUCGAUCAGCUAAGGGUUGCCAAUUUAAUUCCUCAAAUAUUUCUUUUGUUGCUAUUUCAUAUGGUCUGCCAGUGAUGACCCUUGCAGCCCUGUUUUGCAUUUUCUGCAUUUCGUUGCGCAAAUAUUCGCUGCAGUUAGUCCAAACAAGGCUACAGUAAUCAAAAUAUGGCAGUAUUAUUGUGUUGUAAACAUUUAUCAAUGUUCCUUUUGGGGCACAACUCUUAAUUCGUCUCAGCAUACCUAUACCUUUCGACACCUUGGAUACAGUGGUUUCCACUUGUCUUUUCCACAAAAGUUGAUCAUCUAUAAUAACGCCUAACGUUUUCGAAUACUUAACACGCUUAAUUUUUGUUUCACCUAAUUCAAUUACAGGGUCAGUUUCAAUCUUUGAUAGUCUUUGUCGCAAACCAAUUAUCAUGUAUUCUGUUUUAUCUUUAUUUAAAGUCAAUUUAUUUGCCAACAACCAUUGAUGAAUCUGUUCUAGAUCAUCAUUUAAACGCGUUUGAAUGAUGUAUCGCAGAUGUAUACGAUGUAUCGCAGAUGUAUACGAUAAACAGUUUGGUAGAUCGUUUAUAUAUAGGAGAAACAAUAGUGGUCCCAAAUUAUAUCCUUGGGGUAUACUCCACAACGUAUGGUAUGUUGUUGCGACCUAGUUUGUCCGAUCAUCAGGCGAGCACGACUAAAUUAUAAAUUCCAACGCAUUCUGUUAGCUCAAUUGCUCCUCACGCAUGCGUAUCUCGUGGAAUUUUGUCUUCUGGUCGUGCUCAUCUUCGAAAGCACGACCAAUUAGUUAAAUACCGUAAAUUAUUCGGCAAUUCUGUCGAGAUUUCUUCAAGUUAUCUUAGGUAUGUGUAUAUGGAAAUUGGCCAACGUCAAUCAAGUGAAUCGUAUAGGAAGGCUAUUUUGAUUUGGAUAGAAUAUUACUGGCUUCUAACAAGAUAUUUUAGCUUACGAAAUGCAUGUGAACAGACUCGAUUGUGUAUACUACUGUAUAUAAUGGCGAAUAUAAACAAGAUUUGUGAAGACCUUUCCUAUUGACAUAAAUAUAUUUACUAUACCAGUUCAUUUGCUUUAUUGCAGGAGUUCUUAUAUAAUUGGGUAUUUACAGAUAUACCAAAUAUCUAAACAAAGUAUCUUUUAACAUUAGGUUCUGCUUUAGAUUUACAAGGUCCUUGUAGACACUAUAAACUAUAGUAUACUACAGUUGACCUUAGGCAAUUCCUAAUGAAAGAUCAUAUUAUAGAAGUGUAUUAAAAUGUAUACGUACAAUAUUCUCCUCUUUCUUCUGCCAUGCAAUAUUGGCUAUAUUGAGCGACAUUUUCAAUUAAGUUGAAAUAUAUAGUGAAAUAAAAUAAAAUUUUGUGGAAAUACAAAUUUGAAAAAGAAAAAGUAUUAAGAAUUUUCCUCUUAUCACACUUUUUUUUGUUGUUCUCUUUGCAUGAAUUUCACCGUGAAAUCGCAGGAAAUGGCCAUUGCAGACUUCGAAAAUCAACAUUUUCCCGGGGGUACAUGCUCCCGCUGGACUCCCCUAGCCUAUGCGGGUCUUAGAGCAUGACUAGUCAAAUGCCCUUAGUUUCGCCACUGACUUGGUCAUUUUAGAGUAGUUUUAUAUGAUUGGUUAACCCAACACCUGACAUCAUCAAAACCAUAGUUAAUUAGGUGAACUUGUUUUAUUGUGUCUGAUAGGUAUGCAUGAAAAAUAUGUCUUUGGAUAAACUCGCGAUUCUCGUCUUGCCUGCAAAAUGUAAUCAAAGCAUGAAUAAAAUACUAUUCAUGGUUCUGCCUGCUGGGCUACAUAAAAUUAAAUUUUAAAAUUAAUUUUGUAUUUAUGAAUCAUGAACUUGUUGCGUUCUUCAGCUCUUAACUUGUCUGAUAACAGAUGAAACCAUUUCGAUUCCUUGCCAAAUGCGAACAAUCAAGAGGUCAUUCCAGACAUCAGGAAUUAUAAUUUUACAUUGAUAUUUGCAAUUUGCCAAAAUCAUUUCAGAUUCAUGAAACAAUAUGCUGUAUAUGAAAAAGGAGACCUUUAGAAAUCAGCCAUUGUUAUAAUUUGAAUCCUGCAUGGAGCACUUUGCUAAGCCCAACGAGUGCGUAACAUGCGAUCUACGUACAGUAUGCAUCGCAGAUUGUUCCCAGGAGCAGACAAUGUUUUUUUUAACGUUAUUUCAAUUUCUAAAGGUCUCCUUUUUGUAAUAUAUGCACCAUCAAUAUUUCACGCGUUACGGUUCAGCUAUGUGCAAUUGAAAAGUCAUUCAAAUUUUAACAAUAUGCUUGAUUUCUAAAGGUCUCCUUUUUUAUACACCCUGUACAGUAUAUGGACUCCAUCAUUAUUUCACGCACCACAUGCACUGUUCAGCAUAUGUGCAAUUGAAAAGGCAUUCAAAUUUUAACAAUAUGCUUGAUUUCUAUAGGUCUCCUUUUUUUAUACACCCUGUAUAAAGAACCAUUACUUUAAUAUAAUUUUAUACUUUAUAGAUAUAAUACAAUUGCUGGCUUCGUUUACAUUAGAUUUAGAUUUAGAUUUACAUUAGAUUUAGCAACAGCCGACCAUUUGUUGCCGUUUUGUCCCGAUGUUGCCGUAAUAAAACUUGAUGGAUUAGCACCAGAAUAGCAUCGUGUUUGACUUUCACUCCUAGCGAUAAAGUUUGUUUCUCGCCCAAUCUUCCCGUCGAUUGGACAACUGCGGCUUAGAGAUAUAAUCAUUUAAAAUGCAAAUGAAAUAGCGACGAAUUUCCAAAAGCAUCCAAUUUACGCUCGAUUUUACCGCUAAACUUUCAUAAAUCACAUGUAUUUUAUUUUGAUUUGUUCUCGAAAUGGCGUCACACCGGCGCUCAAAGGCAUUCCCCCCCAGUUCUUUUAUACUCACCGUAACACGACCUUGAGCGCCAAAAAGUCCAUGAAGAUCAAAUUUUCAAAUUAUGCAAUAUAUUACAAAAAAUCAUAGAAUAACCUAAACAAUCGAAAUACACCAAUUCCGUGACAUUGGCUCUUUAAUAUACACAAAGUGGAUAAAUAUUGUUUUAAACAUCAAGGAGAUUUGUAAGGUUGCGACAAAACGAGAAAAUUAUGUUAAUUAACUUGAUUACAAAAAUGUUAACCUUAAUCGUAAAUAUUUUACGUUUUUAAGGACGAAUUUCAAAUCAUGUACUGAAGUUUUUCGUGUAUUGGGAGAGUUAAGAAAUUAGGUGGAUGGUCGUUUGAAAAAGUGUAUGUGGUGUGGGCGUGUUAACUGUCCGCUAACAACUUUCUUUCCAAUCACACCCGAAAAUGAAUAGUGAAUAUUUGCGUUCACGAUAUCCGGCAUUAUCUACUUUUCACUGUAGCAAUUAAUUAAAAACUUUGCAACUGAAAUGAAAAUCCUUGGAUUGCUUAGUCGAUUUAAACUUAACAUUUAAACCUAUCAACCUGCAGGAAAUAAUCCUUUGAUGAGAUUGGUAUAUGAACUGGAUUUCCCAAACUAUGAGGCUAUAGUCAAACUCGAUCCAAUGUGUCCAGCACUAUGGCGAUGCCGGAAAAAAAUUACGAUAAAAUAUUUAUCGUUAAAGUUCCAAGAGUAUUCACAAGGAUGUGAUAAGCCGGACAGAUGUGAAGUUCUGGCCGAAUUCUUGAAAAAGGUAUGCGCAUAAAUAUUAUCACACUCAGGUAGACUAUUAGUGAUAAUUACCUUCGCUUGUGAACUGUUCUAAUGGACCAAUAUAUCCCCAAUUAACCAAAAUUUUGAACUCAACA